CGUGUUAUGUCACCUGUGACAUAUUAUAUGGAUUGAGUAAAAUUGUUGCUUUCACAAUGUUUUCAGCUAACAAAAACUGUUUUUGUUAAGUUUCAUUGUUUUAAAUGGAAAAACUAUUAGUUUUGUGAUUAUUACGGUGUUGAAAAUCAUGUAUUAGGCACGUUUUUCAUACAUCUUACUGGGAUGAAGCAAUAUGAUUUAACUUUCCAAUUGUUGAAAGAAUCAGGAUAUAAUUACUACAAUGGCAACACAAAACUCAAAUCAAACACAAAACCAGUUUGGAAAUAUCACAUUUCGUGAAAUUCAUAAAAACGCCUGGUUAAAAAAAGUUACAUCAAAUGUUAAAAAGAAACGAGAAGCCCUCUGGGUUGUUUUUUGUGUACACGAUGACAGCGAUGCAUUUCUUGAAAUGUAUCUCAACAAUAAAAUCGCAGUGCUUCAUAAACCAGACUGGUUCGUUUAUUUGAAUGAUGUGCAGCAUGUCUCACCCACAAUCUGCCCAAAUGAGCAGGAAUAUGAAUUUGUAUUAACGUUAAAAACGGAAGUUGUGAGACUAACUGCUCCUACUUGGGAACAGAUGCGAGAUUGGGUAUCUAGUAUUCAGACAAAAUUGCAAGAGCUAAGAAUAAUAAGUCCAAAAGAUAACGUUUAUUCAAAGUUACCAGAAGUUGGCCGGGGGCCUGUUUUAUCUACCCGAUCUACAAGAGACCCCAAUUCGCCGUUACCGCCUCCACCUACAAGCGAGUUGGAAGUGUUACCAGGGAUAGAAAUUGAAAUUAGUAGUGCAGAUUCAAGAAGACCCCUAAUACGACAUUGGAAUAGAUCGUUAUCCCAGAACAACUCUUCUGGUGAAGAAACACCUAGGUUGAGAAGAGAAAGCACAUCAGAGCCAGAAGUGUUUAGAUUUGAUAAUUUGUUCAAUGCAGUUCAACAAAUAAACACGGAAUCAACAGCUUGUCAUUAUGAGCGUUUAUUUCAAGGUGAUCCAGGUCCGUCCAGACAACUAGAAAGAUCGUCAAGUACCCUCCAACAACCGCCCUUAUCAUAUAAGACAUUUAGAGAGCAGCAAGUCCUACAGUUACAAAGAGAAAUGGCACAUUCCGGUGGUGUUAGAUUACAGUUGAGAAAAAAAGAUUGUAUGAAUUCAGUAGCCUUAGUUGACGCGUUUGAUUCCGUUUGGGUUUGUGGCUGGAAGCAAAGAGAACAACCAAUGUUAUAUAAUGUUCUUCACAUCGGUGAUAAAAUUCUAAGUAUAGCUGGUAUUCCGGUCAAAUCGACAGUUGAAGCAUAUAGGAUACUAGAGUCCCAUUAUUGUGGCCUAUAUGUCGAUAUUGUUAUUAAACGAGUGCCCCAUGGGCAGGUGUUUUUGAUACAACGUGAAACUGAAGGCCAGUCGUUAGGUAUAGUUCAGGAAAAUAACACAGCUGUUAUAGAAUUGGUGGAAGAAGAUAGCUUAGCUGCACGGCAAGGAUUAACUGCGAAAACGAAAACCUGUGACGGUUUAUCGUUAACAAACUGGGUAUUAACUGAAGUUAACGGAAGACCAUUGAAUUUAUUUUUUAAGAAGAAUCAAGUGAGAGAUCGUCUUAAUUCGGUGGGGCGAGACAUAUCGAUUUUAGUCCAACCUUUAGAUUUAAUAAAACAACUUAAAAAAGAGUUAAAAGCACUAAGAAACUAUAAAGAAUAUAUUUUACAAUAAUUUAAUGUAGUAAAUCACAUGUUUUUUCGUAUUUGAGAACAUGGACUGAAGUCUAUACUGUGAUUUAUAUUUUAUACCGAUAUAAACGAAUAAAAAUAUUUUAUUUAUCU